AUGAUGGACUACUCCAAACAUAAAUAUCACCAUGAUCAUCGUAAAGAUCGAAAACGUUUUUGUCAUCAAUCGCCGUUAACACUAUCUUCGUGUAUGUCUACCAGAAAUUUUACAAGAACUGAUGAAGAAAUAUUAACAAACAAAAAUAGAAUAAUGGAAAAAAAUGAAGAGGAACAUCAAAUUAUCGAAGCAAAGAAAAACCAACAAUACGAAUCGCAAGAAUUCGAUGAAAUUUUACAUAAAAAAUUUCAAAGAAAUUCAGUGAAUUCAAAUGUAAGAGAACAAAAUACGAAAGAUAUAUUCAUUUCGAAAGGUGAAUGUAUGGAUUACAGAGAUACAAACAAUUUAUAUGACGAUAGGGAAUCAAUGGACAAAUUUAUUUGGAAAAAAAAAUUAGAAAAAAAUAGUUCAUUUAAUAUUUCACCUGAGCAUCUCGAAACAAUUAUGGCACAAUGUAUUAAACAAAAUAAAAUUGAAAUCGAAAAAAUAAAAAAACAACGAUUAGAACGUGAAAUGCAGAAGAAAAUUAGAGAAAAAGAAAAAGAAUUUUUACAACGUCUUAAAGACGCCGAAUAUUUUCGUAAAUGGAAAGAACAAGAAGAAUUAUUUCUUUUUAAUCAAAUUCAUCUUCGUUCAAAGUUGCGUAUAGCUAAUGGUCAAGCCAAACCAAUUGAUCUUUUCAUUCAUUACAUUACUAAUGAUGAUUUGUCUGUUGGUAUAUGUGAACCAUCAACUUAUUUAAAUGGUCUUACUAUUCAUGAUCUUGAAGAUUUAUUAGCUGAUAUUCGAGUUUAUACCGAAAAAGAACAACAACAAGAAGUUCGAAUAAAAUUGCAUAAAUAUGAUGUAGAAUAUUGGCAAGAUAUAACAACAAUAACUAGUGAUGAAUUAAGUAAGUUAAGAAAAUUAUCAGUAGAAUUAAAUAAUGAUCAAAAUAUUCAUAUUAGACAAGAAAAUAUUAAUUCAGUUAUUUUUCAAGAUGCUACUGAAAUAUUUAAAAAUAAAACGAUUCAACAAUUAGAACAAUUUGGACAAUGUAUUAGAUUAAAAAUUGAAAAUGAAAAAGAGAUUGAUAUUGAUUAUUGGGAGUCAGUAUUAUCUCAAUUAGAAGUUCAUAUGGCUCGAACACGACUUCACGAUCGACAUCAAAUAAAAUUAGCAAGAAAAUUUCAAAAAAUAAAAGAAGAACAAAGCAUUUCAAUAACAUCAAAAAUGAACGAUAAUGAUUUUCAAUUUAAUGAAGAUCUAGAAAAUAAAUGUUUGAAUGAAUAUGAACAAGGUUAUUUUUCUCCAAAAUUAGUUAAUAUACAUGAUUUUGAUAAUGACAUAUCCAAAUAUUGUAUUCUUGAAGUAGACAAUUUGAAAAAAUUAAAAGAACAACAUCAAUCUAUUAUUAAAUCAGAUUCUAUUAAGUCGAAUGAUUACGAUGUUUUUGAUGAAUUGAUUAGAAAAAUUGGUAGCUUAACUGAUGAUGAUUUAAUUAUUAACGAAGUUGUAUCUACGGAUAUUCAGCCAUUAUGGUCUAAUAAAUAUAAACCAUGUAAACCUCGAUUUUUUAAUAAAGUUCUUACUGGUUAUGUUUGGAAUUCGUAUAAUAGAAAGCAUUAUGAUAAAGAUAAUCCACCACCAAAAAUUAUUCAAGGAUAUAAAUUCAAUAUUUUUUAUCCUGAUUUAAUUGAUAAAAAUCAAUUACCAUCAUGUAGCCUUACAGUUUGUGAAAAUAAUCGAAA